AGCCGGAGGAUACCUCAGCCAGUGCAGGAGAGAAAAUCCGCACAGAAACAAGCGCGUCACCAUGAGUGAGACCAAAGGAUCUGCAGCAAUUGGUGGAAACAGCAAAACAUCUGGAGGGCAAGAUGCAUCCAAGAAGGAUGUUCCAGAGGACUUUGACAUCGACAUGGAUGCCCCUGAAACAGAAAAGGCAGCUGUUGCCAUCCAGUCACAGUUCAGGAAGUUCCAGAAGAAGAAGAAUGAAGAAAAGUCCUAGUGGCUCCAGACAGAACCUCUCCUGAUUGGCGCACCAGAGAGGUGUGACCUGAUGCUGCAUGUGAAAGAAUUUAAUUCUCUACAGACUCAAGGAGUGAGGUGUGGCCGGAGCAAAGACACAACCUUUCAACUUUUGGGAAACAUCAUUAUGCAAUUUAUUUGUCAACUACUGUAUCAAAAAAGUCCGUUAU